UAGGCAGAAGAAAUCAAGUAAGGGGUGGAAGCAUUAAGUUGGGCUUGCAUGCGACUUUUGCCAAAUCUGUAUGAGUUUGCUCUACAUUCAACCCCCUAUGAAAUUGCUGAGGGAUAUGGACCAGAGAGUGGCUUGAACAUGGCGUACAGAGAGAGCCAUGGGUGCUUUUUCUUCGUUUUUGACGACAAUCAGACCACUUGUCUUUUUGCAACCUAAAUUAGGUCAAGUCGGCCGUUUGCAUUUAAAAUUAAAUAAGGGGAUGUGGACCAUUCUUGUUUUCCCUAAUAAGUUAAGUCAAGUGGACCAUUUCUUUUCAAAAUUAAAUGAGGAGAUGUGGAAUAUUUCUAUUUUCAAACAAUAUAAGGACAACUGGACAUACCUACUACUUGACUACUACAAUACAAAGGACAACUCUAGUGGGGCCUUCGACGACUUGACAUAUUGACUAAGGUAAGAGACACAAAACAGAUCAUCAUGAUAGAGAUCACUGGUUUAUGUAGAGACAAUCAUUGUUGGCCACUUAAAAUCACUUCUAAAAAACAACUAACCAAAAAUCAUAAAUCUAGUCAAGUUGUAUUAGAGAAUUUUGAGGGAAAAGGUGUAUUAGAGAUAUUCCAUAGCGGCAAAGCAAGUGGGAACUUAUGGAGGAGCAGAGUACUUAGCCACAUAUGUAGUAGGUGCUGUGCAAGUACUAGAUUGUGUUGUAACAUUUUCUUCCGUUUAAUCCACUUUCCCCUGAUCCCAAAGCAAUCAAUCUCACCUGAAGAUGGCACUGCCGGCAGGGCUAGUGGCGGAGAAAGCAGCAGCCACUGCUUUCGCAAACGUCGUCAUGGGAAGACUCAACAGCGAGCUCGAGAAGAAGUACCAGAUGUGGAAGAACAUCGAAAGGGAAAGCACAUCUCUGCAAACUGACCUCGGCAUCCUGGCGGCAGCUGUGGAUGACUACCAGACCAUGGCUGCUCAUCCUUCUCGCACGGUCGUCGCGAGGGUGUAUGGCGAGGAGAUCAGCGAGCUGACCCACGAUAUCGAAGAUUGCAUCGAGCGGUUCCUGCACCGUGUUACCUGCAAGGCUGGAGCGUCGAGGGCUCGGCGCUCAGCUCAUGCUAUCAAGACUUUUCGCAUCCGUCUCCGGUUCGCUGCCAAGAUGAAGGAGUUCAGGAACCGCGUGGCGGCAGCACGGGAGCGGGCGUUGAACGCCUCUCUGCUCGCUGAUGGAGUCCAAGCCCAGGCCACAUACGAGACCGCACAGCAAGUGAGUUAUGCGCAGGAUCAUUGUCAUCCUGUGGGCAUCGCGGAUGCUACCAGGGAGCUUCGUGCGCUGCUCGGCAUCGAACCGAACGAAGAUGAAGCAGAGGGUACUAAUACUACAGGGGCUGCAGCUCAGCAGAGGGUGGUCGCCAUUGUGGGAUUUGGUGGUUCAGGGAAGACAACCCUUGCAAAGGCAGUCUACGAUAUUGCCCAAAAGGAAGGAGCACUCCGCUGUGUAUGGGUUGAUGGGCACUUGCUGGAUUAUAAGGGUGCCAAUUGGGUUGUCAAACAUAUACAAGGUGAGAUUAGUCUGGGGGAAGUGUCUUCUGCAACAUCUCCCACAGAAUACCACGAGGACAGCAGGUAUUUAAUCGUGAUUGAUGACAUUAAGGAGAAGCACUUGAUGCACUGGAAUACAGUGAGGAAUGCCUUCAGGGAUAAUGGCAGAAUAAUUGUGACAACGGCCACUCAGUCCGUAGCUAAUAGUUGCUGCAAUUAUCCCCGCGAAGAGGAUAGAUGUACCUUUGGUUAUGUGUACAGCAUGAGAACUCUUGGAGAAGAAGAUUCUAGAAAAAUAGCUCUCAUGGGAAGAUGUUCACCUGACAUAGUGCAGGGUGCAGCAAAACUCCUGAAGCAAUGCGGUGGUCUUCCACUUGCUCUUUAUAGUGUGGCAUGCCAAUUGAGCUGUGAAAAGGUACUCACAGGGAAAUUAUGUAACAAAUUGUGCAACGAUCUGGGUACAUAUCUGGAACGUGAAGACGAGCCUAACUUUGCAAGGCUUCGAGGUGUUCUUAGGGAAAAUUACACCAGUUUGCCUGAUUACACUGUCAGGACCUGUUUGUUGUACCUAGGUAUAUUCCCAAUGGAUCAUCCCCUCAAGAAGAAUGUCAUAACCAGGCGAUGGUUGGCUGAAGGAUAUGCACGCCAUCAUCAAGGCUGGCACCAAAUUCUAGCUGAUGAAACCUUCAAGACAUUUAUCAACCGAAGUAUCAUUCUGCCUGUUGUUCCAAUCAGCAGUGAUACAGAGAAGACAUGCAAAGCUCAUGGUAUCAUGCACGCAUUCAUGUUGCACAAGUCUAUGUCUAAGAAAUUCAUCAUGCCCUAUGGUUCUCAGCACAAAAAAGUCCGUCACUUCUUUAUCCAUGAUAGUAGCAGUGGAAAUUCCAGAACAAUGCCUGACAUCGAUUUAUCUCGUGUCAGAUCUCUAACUGUUAUAGGGAAUGCAGGUGAUGCUAUUUCCAACUUCGAAAAGUACAAGCUUACACGAGUGUUGGACCUGGAAGGGUGCAUUGAUGUGAAAGAUUAUCAUCUUAAAGACAUAUGCAAUCUAUGGAAUCUGAGAUAUCUAAGUCUUGGGCCCAAUAUCACAAGGAUUCCCAGGGAAAUUGCACAACUUAAGUUGCUGGAGACACUUGAUGUAAGCAAGACAAGGGUGAAUGUGCUCCCAGUGGAAGCUAUUGGUCUACCCUGCUUAAUUCAUCUGAUUGGAAAGUUUAAGCUUCAAGACCAAGUCAAGACAGAGAGACUGCCCAAAGAAUGUAUGUUAGAGACGGUAAAGGGAUUUGUUGCCGACAAGUGUCAGGGACUGUUGCUACUUAUGGACCAUAUGAAGAGAUUGAAUAAGCUCAAGAUGUGGUGCGAUUCUGAGGAAACUGAACAAGGUCAGGUUGACAUGAAUAAUCACAUUUCCAAAGCUAUCCAAAGGUACAUCGAAACUCAGAUAGGUGAAGACAAUGUUCGAUCCCUGUCCCUUUACUUCCAAGGAUUACCCCAAGGUACCCUCUCUCCUCUAGAUCAAGUAUGUGAACACUACAGUUCGAGAGAAGGACAUAUGUAUCAUCUGAGCUCACUGAAGCUACAUGGAAACUUCAACUCAGCCACAUUGCCAAAGUUCGUUGCCUUGUUUCGUGACCUUACUAAGCUAAGCAUUUCGACCACCCUGUCUGUGACACAGCAUCUCCUUUCAGUGAUUGGCGAGAUGCCUGUCUUGCUGUACCUCAAGAUGACCGCCAAGAGCAUCGAUGAUGGUUUCGUCAUACAAGAUGGGAAGUUCAGGAGCCUUCACCGCCUGUGUCUUGAGCUGAAAGUCACGGGGACAUCUGUGUUAUCAAUUGAAGAUGGAGCUCGGCCAGAGAUUAUCUCUCUGCAACUAAUCUGCAAGGAUCUAGUUGGUCUUUCCGGCGUCGAAAUCAUGCGCCUCCGUGAGCUGAAGGAAAUUUCUCUGCAUCCUGAAGUGGACGAAAAGACAAGAAAAGUGUGGGAAGCAGAGGCGAGGAUCCACCAUAACAGGCCGACUGUUCUGUUCAUCGCAGGUGGCCUUCACGAGAAACCAGCUGCAGUUGAGGAGGAACCGGCACAUGGGUAUCACAUCCGAGAGGGGCCACGUGUAGUUGAUGAAGAACCACCAGCAGCACGCUCUACCGCAAACGCGGGGGUGGAGCAGGAGAAUAAUGCUACAGAACCCAUCAAACCAGGACUCAUGGUUAAUUUUGCGAAAGGGCCUUUCGUGCUGGACGCGGUGCAACUGCAAGAGGUGGCCCCUUCGGCAACUUAAUAAUGAAACGAGGUAUUCUACAGGGACCCUUGUAGCUGAUGCAGAAUUAAUGGAGUAGAAGAGCAGGAUCCCUGUGAGGAAGCCUGACUCUGCAUCCUUUUGAUCAGCGUAUC